AUGUCGUUCACUGUUGAAAGAGAGGCUGAGCAUCCGGAUGUUGAACAUAUCCAGAAGGUGAGUGACCCUUCGCUGACCCCAGAUAUCGACUGUUCCGCAGAAGAACUGAUUGGCGAUGACGCCCUCAGUCAGACAGACGUGCCACUAAUGCGUCAUCAGGUUGUGGAAAUUGCCGCCACAGGAGGUGAAGUAACGUGGUCUGAUUUGAUAUGUAGAGAAAAGGGUAUCAUUAUAGAACAGGUGGUUCCACCAAUUAACACAGCUUAUGUGGGACUAUAUCCUUCAAAAACGGAAAAUGCCAAGGUCAUUCAAGCAUUUGAUUCUAUCUGUGAAGAUAAUUGUACACCUGAAUCUACCACGAACUCUGAAGGAGUUGAUGAUGACACCGACGACGUCACAUCGGCAGAAUCUACUGAAUGUGUGACACCACGCGGAAGUGAUGAAUUUGGGAAGGAAAUCGUUACGUUUUUGAUCAGUGAACUGUUGGAUAAUGUCGUAAAAGAAACAAUAUUAAGUGAAAAAGGUAUGUCGGGCAGUGAAUUUACCGAGAACACAGUAGCUUGCCAUGAGGACGAAAAGAUAUCAAACACAUUGGACGAUUUGGUAGACAGUACCGAGUUUGACGUGGCUGGAGACUACUUGACUGCAAUUGAGAAAGCCAGUCAGAAAAAUAACGGAUUAUUUGAAAGAUUUCCAACACCAAAAGUGCUUCAUACAGCUCAGCAGUCAUGGGAGGAAAAUAGAGAUGUACCUCCUCGCGACGACUCGGGUCGUCCGCUCCCACACCCGUACAUAGCACAGGAAACGGUGGUCACAUGUGGGAUCGAGGCUGUCGUAUCAAAUCUAAAGGCCAGGUCGCUCAAGGAGAACGUCAAUCUGAAGGAUGUCCUUGCGCAAAUCCAGACGUCUUGUACUGAUAAUGUAGCAAUCAUAGGAUGUGUUUUUUCAUUGGUCCAUUUCUCGAGGAGGGACGAACUAGAGGAUAUGAUUGGAGAAAUGACGAAUGGGUGGAUGGAAGAGGACAUACUUCGAGUACACGUUUUCAACUAUAUAUGCAGAUCCAUGGAUAUACCGACUGCAACCAUUAGCGGAUAUCACAAGUUUGACAUAGCAGUUGACGGAACCGAACAUAAGCCCAGGCUGUCCCUUUGGUCGGCGGUACUGCUAAACGACAUCUGGAAGUACAUUGAUACCACGAGACGCAGUGCAUUUCGGGACGAGAAGCAUUUGUGGAAGGUGUAUAGACCAUCAUUCUGUACCUCGUGGCUUGUGAGUCCGUUGUGCUUCAUUCAAACGCAUCUGCCGCAGAAACGUUACUGGCAACAACUAAGUCGUCCCGUCAGUAGGUCAGAGUGGGACAAUAUGGUGGUAUUGACGCCCCACUUCUUCCACUAUGACUUUCAACUUCACAGUCAUGACAGGUACAACAUCUCGUGUGAUGGCGAGAGGUUAACGGUGUUGUUUCGUUACCCAGAACGGAAUCAACUUCUGUUCGAAGCGAAACUUCUAUACCAGGGCAAUCCGGUGCAGAUCAGUCUACCGAAGAACUGUUCUAGCACAUUCGUAGAAACUCGAAUAUCUGACAUCUCAGAGUUAGUGAUUCGUAUUACUCCGCCUCAUACAGGUGAAUUCAUCCUUGUAAUAUACGGAUUGGAUAUUCUGGAGCACCCCUACAAGUGUAUGCAUUUGUGCUCGUAUAAAAUACAAUGUAAUAAGCUUUCUGGAGAUCUAACAUUUUUUCCGUCUCUAUCCCAAGGGCGUUAUCAAUGGGGACCAGGCGCCGACACAUUGAAAGCUGGCUUGUCCCCUGCGAACUGUUUUGAUUCAUCUAUCGUCUGUGAAGGAUCAGCCUUGCACCUGAAAUUCCGAAUGACAAGUGACUGUGAUAGUGAGGAUAUAAUGGUAAUACUGACAGGAGGAGAACAGUAUGAAGAGGUUCUAGACAGGUACGUAUUUUUCUGGGCGGCUGAUGGUCUUAUCCACUUUCUUGUGCAUUCGCCAGGCCCUGGACAAUACGUGCUGAACAUUUGUCAGAAGAUACGAAGCGCUAUAGUUGCCGUCUGCUCCUAUCUGCUCGAGUUUAGGAGUCAGGCCUCAGAUGUUACACUUCCGCUUGGAUUCACAGGUAACAAGCUCGGCAUCACCAGGGCAGGUUUAAAUGCAGGAUUCGAUCAGAAAGAGUGGCUCACGGCUUUUUCUAAAGCUCCCGCUACAGGGGAAUUGGUACUCCAACCUGUAUUUGACCACGAACAAAUCGCAAAUAGCUUCAUAAAGCUACGACUUCUGGGAAGGGACUGCAUGGACAUGACAAUUUACACAAAAUGUAAUCUUGAUGACAAGCUUCUGUCGUGUACAGUUCUUCUUCCAAGGAUAGGUACCUACCUCUUUUCUCUCUACGUGGAAUCGUUGAAAGGUUCCACGGCGUGCUGGCACAAUGCUCUAAUCCUUGCGGAGGUUCCAUGUGCUAACUGGGCUCCAUUUCCGAGCAGGACUCAUGAUGUGCCAAUUGAUUUCUGUCUUCAUUCUCCACUUUCCGGUCAAAUUCCCUCCAAAUCAGAGGUAGAGUUUUCUUUACAACUAAACGCGGCUCACGAUGUUGCCGUAGUAACAAGUGGUGGUUGGUUCCAUCUGGAAAAAUCAGAUUCCAAUUCUUCGUUGUGGACAGGGAAAGUGAACACAGGCGCAAGAGGGACGGAUAUGAGGUUGUGUGCGAGGUUCGAGUCUGGAUCUGGAACGUUCACCCCUCUGUGUAUCUACAAGGUGAUUUCAGGAGAUGAAUACGAGUCUAGAUCCCUACAACAGAGUAACCUGAGGGAAACUAUACUACGUCGUACAGAGCAUUAGUUAACAAUGACUGGACAAAACUGGACAUAGAUGUCCACAUCAGAGAAACCCGAGGAAAACUAUACUACGUCGAACAGAACAUUAGUUAACAAAGACUGGACAAAACUGGACAUAGAUGUCCACAUCAGAGAAACCCGAGGGAAACUAUACUACGUCGUACAAAGCAUUAGUUAACAAUGAGUGGACACAAAUCUCUACAUCAGAGUAACCCGAGAGAAACUAUACUACGUCGUGUAGGGAUUUAAUCAACAUCGACUGGACAAAACUGGAAAUUCUACCUGAAACAGGACCAAGCCUUACUUGGCAGUGAUGAGGGACCAUUUGUAUCUGCCACAUUCAAGAUUUUAACGGGACAUUAACAAACUGUGAAUAGUUAUAUUUUUUCAUUAA